CUGGCGCUGGUGGCCGCCGUGGCGGUAACGACGGCUGCAGUAGCCAAUGGUACUCCUACUGGUGUUAAUACCGCCUGGUACAGCAUGUGGAGAAGCUGAGAAACGCGCAUGGGGAUGAUGACGGCCACAACGCGCUCUAACGAUGACGGCCGACGCUGGUCCAGGCGACUUCUUCGUGUAGGAUUCCCCUCGCCAGUUGGGCGAGAGAAGCUGCAAUGGUGUCUUAAAAGACGUUAAGGUCCCGUUACGCGGAGUCAGAGCUCCGGGAAUUGAACCCCAGACGUGUGCAGGUGUGUGUAGUUGUAGGGUAUCAAUAGAAGAACAACUGCGACUAGUACAACGACAACGGGGCUGUAUACUGGCCACAAUAUUGCGCUUGCAACUUGGUGAGUGGCACAGACGAAAGAAUUGCAUUUACGGAAACAGUAGACAUCUGAUUCAUAGUGAGACUGGAGUUCCAGUUUUUGCUAACAUUGAGUACGUGAGCACUCAUUAGUACGACUGAGUCGUGCAUAAGGACAUCGCGUAGAAACAGUGAUUGUGUCAUCUAUCCUAGUUGCUGCUGUGCGCUAUAAGGACGCAAACGCCGGUGAGCGUGUGCCGGAUCGGUUGCAAGAUUCGAAGCACCUACAGACACGAAACGGAUAAGAUGUGGCCGCGGACGCAGCACGCCAUAGUGCUGCUACUGCUGCUGUCACUAGCGACAUCGCGGAUUAACGGCAAAAUUACGUUCGAAAAGCUUACAAACUUAGAUUACGUCGGCACACCGUAUUACUCAAUACGCAACUUGUCGUUGUAUGAGUGUCAGGGCUGGUGUCGAGACGAAGUGGACUGCGUAGCUGCUGCAUUCUCAUUUGUCGUCAAUCCUUUAGCGCCUGUUCAAGAGACAACAUGCGUCCUACACAACGACACCCAAGCAAGAAAGCCUUCGGCGAACCCUCAAAAGGCCAUCAAUAUGUACUAUCUUGUGAAGACUAACGUUAGAACAGAGAAAGUGUGCAAUCGAUUAUGGUCGUUUGAACGCUUCCCGAACAAGAUGCUCAAGGCCUACGAUAAUGUUGCCAUGUUCUCCUCGAACAGGGAAAAUUGUCUUGCGACUUGCCUAAAUGAGCGCCGCUUCGUUUGCCGCGCAGCUGAGUUUAAUUCUAUUACAUUCCAGUGCCAUUUAAGCGACGCUGAUCGUAGAAGCGUUUCUGUCGACGAUUUUAUAGAUGCGCCCGGUAUCGAUUACUUCGAAAACGCGUGUUUAGAUGUUGAUCAGGUCUGUUCAGGUGUACGAACGUAUGAUAUCGCAAAACUGGGCCCAUCACAAGACAUCAUUACGCAUUACGUCGACCUUAACUAUUAUCCCGAUAAAGAACUGCUCGUGUCAUCAAAAUCCGAAUGUCUUCGGGCUUGUACAAUGGAUCGCGACUUUCUCUGUCGCUCAGUACUUUUUAAACCGACCGAAUCUAUUGGACAGAGUAGCUGCUCGCUAUACCACGUUGAUCAUGUUAUGUUUCCUGAUGGAGCGCAAAUAUUUAAAUCAAUGAGUUCGCAGCUUCCAUUGCUCGAUACUGGCGAAACCGUCGGUUUCUAUAUGGAAGCCCAUUGUGCCAGCAAUUCCGGAAAUGACAGCCUAAGUAAGUUUGCCGCCGUAACAAAGAGGCCAGGCUUGACAACCUCCAAGACAGAACAAAAAUCUACCACAAAACAACCCGCAACGAGUCAAAGCCUGCAAGGAUUAACUAAGGAAGGAUACGAAGAUGGGGCCUGCGAUUCCUACGGAGUCUGCUAUGAUGUGUCGAUACAAUGCACCGACCAGAAGAUCGUUGUAGAUGUGAAGACAAGUAGGCCUUUCCACGGACGGAUCUAUGCUAUGGGACGUUCGGAGACAUGUAACACUGCCGUAAAGAAUGGGCAAAAUUUCAAGCUCGAUCUACCUCUUGCUGGUCAGGAGUGUAAUACUCAGUCAAUGGGCGGAGUGUAUAGCAACACUGUGGUACUUCAGCAUCACAACGUUGUACUCACUAAAGCGGAUAAGGUCUAUAAUGUACGGUGUACCUACGAGACAUCAUCGAAAAAUAUCUCGUUUGGCAUGAUGCCCGUUUCUGAUAUCGAUAUGCGCGACCCUGACAAUGGACUUGCCCAGCAAAUCACGGCUUCCCCGGAAGCACCUGUUCCACGUAUAAUGAUAUUUGGCGUUGACGGAAAUGAAGCCACCACUGUCCGGAUAGGAGAUAAACUUACUUUUAAGAUUGAGAUUCCAGGAAACACACCCUACGGCAUUUUCGCCCGUAGCUGCGUAGCAAUGGCGAAAGACGCUCGAAGUACAUUUGAGAUCAUCGAUGACCGGGGUUGUCCCGUUGAUCCGGCCAUUUUCCCCCGCUUCCGACAGGUCGAUACCGCUUUGGAGUCAAACUACGAGGCUUUCCGCUUUACAGAAUCGUAUGGAGUGAUAUUCCAAUGCAACGUUAAGUACUGUAUCGGAAAGUGCGAUCCUGUCGAGUGCGGCACCACUGGCAAACCUUCCUGGGGGAGGCGCAGAAGAUCAGCGUCAUUUGAUGACAAGGAAGAAAUGACGCUGAGCCAAGAAAUUGUUGUUCUCGAUUUGCAGGAUGAUCCAACACCUGCUCAUAGCUCUCAGACUCAGCAUCGUGAAGAAGUUCUACUCGAGAGUCAUGUAUUGGAUGACAACCAGUGUGCUUCCCGUACAUCGUUGUACGUUCUCACAAUCACCACAUCGGCAAUGCUCGUCAGUUACGUCGCCACGGUAGCGUACUUUCUUAGUCAACGGCGUAUAACCCCUAAGCAUUACUCGUAGAAGGCGUUCUCCGACUAUCCGGGGGUUGAGUGCUACAACGGAAGGCAAAUGCAAAUAUUUCGUAUAUAUCAACAAAUACAGAACCGGAUAAAUUGGCAGAUAGUGAAAAUGCCGCCGCAGACGUUCUCUUCAUAUCUUCCUCUUCCAGACAGAAAAGCAAAACGCGCAUUACGUAAUAUUCAAUGGGUAAUGCAUAAAGUAGUUAAAAUUAACUAGAAUGGUUACUUUGCUCAUGCUACGUAAGCAGUCUCUGAUACGACGCCCCGAAUUCUGUAUCGGAUCUACGCAACUGGUGCUCAGGCAGUAUCGAUAUUGUAGCAUGUCGUAAAAUGAUCCAGUCCUGAGUAACGGUAUGACUAUUGUCUGACAGAGUAUUUAUGCAAAUUAUUCAGAAGAUUAUGGUAAUUCCUAAAGGGCAGGCUACAAUGAGCAGGGUUUAGCAAACGGAAAGUAUCAUGAAUAGCGGUCGCUUUGUCUCGAGUUGGAAACUGAUCAAUUCUGUGUUUAUUCCGAGGCGAUCGAAAACACAAUGUGGGCGGAUAUGGCUAUCGGCCAGACGGCGACAAUGCUUCGAAAUUUUCGGAAAAAUUUUCCACGAUAGACAAAUGGCACGAGCGAAGCCUUUUUUGAAACACAAACUGUUAUCUAACGUAGUGACUUGCAUAUUCGCUAAUACGAUUCUGACAACAUGUAGAUUUUCUGCUAAACUUCUAACAGAACGACACCAACUGGCAAAUACGAUGCUGCUGUAUUUAUUAUAUAUAGUUUUAAUAGAAUAAUAGCUAUAGUACACAAAUCAUAGUACGAUUGUUCUCUAGUAUACUAUUUAUUUGAAUUAUUUAUCAGGGGAACAGUGACCAUGUUACAUAGCUGGUCAUCUAUUUAUUUAAAAUAAUUGCACAAUCAAAUAUGUAAUUUAUAUUCAGCACCUUUAUAAUCUGGACGGCAAUUUAUAUGUAUCUAUAGACCUCAUUCAAUGUAUUUUCAUAAGUCGCAGACAGAAUUUAGAAAAUUGUAAGUGUGAGCUAUACACUGCUUCGAACCGUUUCAUUAAUAUUUACUGAGUAAAUUUUGUUCUUCGUUUCGCUAAAAUACUACAGAUGAGUGUUGAUGCUAGCAUCAAUAGAAAUGAUUGUCGAAAACUCUAAUCGCCCUUUCCAAUUUUUAUCGUAGAUUGUAUAUACCAGUGCUUUCAAUUUCAGUUUGAGCUAAUCUACCAAGUUUGUGAUUCUCCUUAACUUUUGAGAAACUAACAAACCUAAAGUGUUGCGGAAACCAUAAGCGCCCUAAAUCAAAUUUAAUCUGAACAUAACGGACAGUGAUGAGCAUGACUGUGAAGAUAAUUAUUGAAAAUCAAAUGACAAUGUGAUCUUUAAAUUAUGAAGUGGUUAUGUCGUACCGAGUGAUUUAACUGUGCUUGUCGGCCGUAUACGUUGCAUGAACCCAAUAAUGACGAGCUCUAAACAUUUCUUACUGACCGAACAAGGAAGCAGAUAGUAAAUCAAGAUUAAGGUAAUGUAACGUUGUGAAUCAUUCGAUCAUAGAUAUUAGUAAAAUGUAGAGCGUGUGAGGGACAUGUAAAUAAUCCAAUAAAUUACACUGUAAAUAUGACAGCUAUACAAAUAAACUUAAUUUAUUACGUAAACAUCUUCGAAAUCUUUAAGUUAUUAGUGCUUCUGGUGAACGGGAUCGAUAUGAACCGCGAUAUCUAAUAAGAUCAAUAAUUUACCCCUGUAUCGUUUUAAUUAUAACCUGCCAUUUUUACCUCAUCUACUGAACAGUAACGCACAGGAGACAUCGAUCAAAAUAUAACGCCCCGCCUGUCUAUAUAUUUUACUAUUUAAUAAAACUACAGACAGUCAUGAAAAUACAUAAUCACAAAAGUGAUCAUUUACUUACGCUACGAAGUUCAAAACCUAGAUUCGAUACUUGGCUUUCACUGUGAAAUUGUAACGUUAGAGCCAUCUCGGAUAGCAAGUCUGUUGCAUAUAUGCUAAAUUAUCGUCACCUUAGCUUUUAGCAUAUAUGGCCAACGCUUACCUAUUGAAGUGCGUAUCUCCUCACUACUAAUUAUAAUCAUAUACUGAAUACAUGGAUUCUUCAUUCAAAAAUGUUUUCUUUUGUAAUUUUAUUUACAGUGACAUGUGUACUCUAGAUACGGAAACGGUUAGCUCUAGUUAUUUUUUCCUUUUGCUUGCGUUAUUAUUAGUUUUUUUAGGUUAAAUAGCUUACCGUCACGACCAAUCAUCCUUUGACAUAUUGUUGUAAUGAACGCCGCCAUAAACUGCGAAUAAAAUGUUUUUGUGCGUCGUGAGCUCUUAGUGGACCGCACCUCGCACACUUCGCUGGGCACUUCAUCAAUUCAAUAAUAAGUAGAACAGUAACCCCACUGACAAAUUUUAUAAGCCAAUCUACAAACUAGUAAAAAUUUUACGAGUCCUGUAAAUAUUUAAGAAACUAUUAGUCAGUACAUUUUAAGCCGAUAAGAAACGCGUUAUUAAAUAUUGCAUAGUAGUUAAUUAACUCGACUACUACCUUGUUAACAAUAGGGUGUCCCUUAAAUCAUAAACAGAAUAACGCGUUCGUCUAACCACGUUGAUUCUGGACCCAGAGGAAGGGCUCUGGCUUUUUCGUCGUGGACGGACGGAGGGAAAUAAUUCGCACUAUUUUUGGUGUCAACUAACGCAGAUUGCACUAAGUCAUGGAAGCGAGUUGUGCCGUGAUGAGGUUGUUCCUAAACUCAAACAAAAGAAUCACAAAGCUUUGAAUAGCCAUAGCGAUAAUCUUGUUUCUUAUAGACUAUCAUAAUGUAACCGCAGAUAUAUGCACUGAAAUUAUCAGUAUAUAUCAAUCGAAUUUAUUAUGAAACCUCGGUUGUCUUCGAGAAGAGUACCCGUACCAUCAUACCGUGAAAAUAGGUAAAGAAUAUUGCCAAACAUAUAAACUGUUGGCUGAUUAAACCGAAAGCUGAGCCACCAAAGACCACCGUAUAAAAAAUCCAACAGAGAUUCAAUCCAAUUCAGCGCCCAAUAACUAUAGUAAUAGCAAUCGCUUUAAUCAAUCAAUCCUGUCAUUUUGAAUAUAGUUCGUGCUCUUAUACCACUUCUAUAGCUAUUAUCCUUAUCAUCUGUGGCGAUGACAAAGCGAAAUUAAGAGCACACAACUACUUAAAUACUAUCUAUUACUAGGUAUGACUGCCGCAGCUGUCUUGUCGACGGCAGCUGUUCGCUCUCACUCAUUUCUCCUACCGCGUUCUACGUAACCUGUAUGCGUGCGUUUGGGUGCGUGUGUUGCCGCUGUUGCUGCUCAAGUUGUUAUUCUUGAUAAUUGCUACUCUCUGCGAGAAGACUGUGCAUCAUCGCCCGUACCGUCUCCACCCUUCUCCUUUUCCUUAACGAGAAGAGCAAUCGACCUAACGCAUGAUGAUACACGUGAUGAGACACUUGUGUUUGUUUGUUUUAUACAUUUUUUUUUAUAUAUGUAUGUGUGUGCAUACGAAUGUCUCUAGAUAUCGCCUACCACCUAAAAUUUGCUUCGUUUCUGGCGUUCUUUCAUUGUCUGCAUCAUAAUUAAUUUAUUAUCCACUAUUAUUUUGAAGUUUUACUCAUUAAAGAUUGACGCCCCGUCGUCAUGGGCAUCAUGGUAAUGAUAUCUCCUACGAACCCCAACGCGUUAUUACAUAACUACUACCGCUACUGCCGCCACGAGCCACCAACGGAAUUGGGAUCGCCGGAAAUGUUUUAUAUAAAACCUCGUAAUGUAUUUUUCUUUCGAAGUCUUCCUCGGCAACUGCGAACUUACUUUCACUAAACGAAAUUCUGGCGGAUUGUGUACAUUUUUUCCUAGUCGCGCAUAUUCGAGAUUGGAACUGCUCGAUGAGCCCUUUUUUCACUUGCAUAAUUUUUUCUCCGUAAAAUAUGACAAAGGCAACGGCAAUUCUCCCAUCGCCGAGUCGUCAGUUAUCACUUUCACAGUUCAGCAAGGCUCUAACAGUGGCAAGCGUAACAAUCCCUCCCUUCAAACCGCGGGAUCACUCAAAAAUUAUCAUGACCCAACUGUCAGUUUGUUUCUUGCUUUGGCCUGCUUGCUUUGCCCUUGUUGGGCCUGUUACUACUACCAACGCAACAAAUUUCACAUGAAACACUUCUUAACCAAGUCACUAGCUCCGGGAAACUUCGUCGUGAUUCAAUGGAUAGUAUCCUAUUUGAGGUUGUUGACGGAGGCGGUUGCGAUAAGGGUUCAUUGUUGGUGUUGCUGUUGCUUCUAGAUACCUGUUCCUGUUCCUUUAAACACGACCAGGUCACAAGUGACAAAAAAAGUUCUUCAAGCUUGUAUUUUCAAAGG